GUGUGGUUAGCCUCUUUUUAGUGGUACACAUUGUGGUUAGGACCGCUUUCGCUCGAUUUGAUUUAAAAGCCGAAAUGGCGAAAUUUGAUUUGACGUCGCGUAUAGGUCAAUAUCUUGAUCGACAUUUAGUAUUUCCUCUGUUAGAGUUUUUAUCUGCAAAACAGAUUUACGAUGAGGACCAAUUACUGCAAGCAAAGCUCAAUAUCCUUAGUAAAACUAAUAUGAUAGAUUACACAAUUGACAUCAGAAAACAACUUUAUCCUAACUUAGAAGUACCAGAGGAAUUAAAAGCACGUCGGCAGGAAGUACUUCAGGAACUUGGUAUUUUACAAAAUAAUGUAUCGGUUGUUGUUGCGCUCAUGAAUAAUGAAGAAAUCAUGAAAAAGAUGGAAAAUAUGAGAGAUUCUAAAGCACUGAACAAUUAUCUUACUCAAGAAUCUGAUUUCAGAGUAGAAAUGAUGGAUAGCUUUGUAAAAUUAGCAAAGUAUCGUUACGAGUGUGGCAACUAUUCUGUUUCAACAUCAUAUUUGUAUUUCUAUAUGCUCAUAAUGCCACCAACAGAUAAGAAUUAUUUACAUGUUCUUUGGGGAAAAUUAGCAUCUGAAAUUUUGGUACAAAAUUGGGAAACUGCAUUAGAAGAUGUAAACAAGCUGAGAGAGUAUAUUGAUAGUAAUGUUAUAGGAAACUCUCUUCAAAUAUUGCAACAACGCACAUGGCUUAUUCAUUGGAGUUUAUUUGUAUUUUUCAAUCAUGUAAAAGGCAGAGAUUUAAUCAUAGAAAUGUUUCUAUACAGACCACAUUACCUAAACGCUAUUCAGACAAUGUGCCCUCAUAUAUUGCGAUAUUUAGCUGCGGCGGUUAUUGUCAAUCGUUCUAGAAGAUCUAUAUUGAAAGAUCUCGUAAAAGUAAUACAACAGGAAUCGUAUACGUACCGUGACCCAAUUACCGAAUUUCUGGAACACCUGUAUGUUAAUUUUGAUUUUGAUGGAGCACGGCAAAAAUUGCAAGAAUGUCAAACAGUCGUGUUUAAUGACUUUUUCUUGAUUGCAUUGCUAGGUGAAUUUGUAGAGAAUGCUCGUUUGAUGAUCUUCGAGACAUUCUGCCGUAUUCAUCAGUGUAUCAGUAUUGGAAUGCUCGCUGAGAAAUUAAACAUGAAAGCAGAUGUAGCUGAAUGCUGGAUUGUUAAUUUAAUCCGUAAUGCAAGAUUAGAUGCCAAAAUAGACAGUAAGUUGGGCCAUGUUGUGAUGGGUGGACAGCCUGCAUCACCAUAUCAACAGUUGGUUGAAAAAAUUGAAACACUGAGUGUGCGAAGCGAAGCAUUAGAAAACUUAAUUGAACGCAAGUUGAAAGCAAAAAAUCAAGACCCUGUAAGUAUAGUGUGGAACUAACUAAGUAUCAAACAUCUUGGAAUCUGAAUUUGUGACAUCAAGAGAUGAUGGGCAGAGAUACUGUCAAAAAAGGCACUUACAAUACCUCCAACUGUAAACAGAACAUGAACAUUCAUUGAAUUUUA